GCCCACGUACAACUCUUAGAUAAGGAAUCAAAGUGAGAGAGUCUGUCUGUCAACGAAAAUGGUAACAAUGGCUGCAUUUAUUGUUGGUUUCCUGCUAUGUGUGUAUUUCGAUGCUUCAGUUGGACAUACAGAAAUAGAAGCUAUUCAGCGGUUAGAGGAAAUGGUCACCGACUUGAAGGAAAGAAGUGUAAUUCAAGACCAGAAGAUUGCUGCUAUCCAAACUGAGAAUGAUAAACUGAAGAAACGUAUGGGCGAAAUUUCUAAUGAAAAUAUUGGUAUAAAACAGGAUAUAUGGGAUCUUUGGAAACAGAAUAAGCGCCAAAUGCAGAUUAACAAUGAACUGAAUAUAAAGAUUAAUGAAAUGAAUAACACUAUGAGAAGAACGCGCUUUCAACAGACAGAUAAUGGAAAAACUGGUUACAAUAUCAGUCGGUUAAAUACUUCACACAAAAGUGGAAGCUAUUUUACUAAGACGUUCAUACACACCGGAUUAUGGGACGAUACUCAAACAUCGAAUUUAACCACAUCAAAGAAACACCAACUUAGUGGAAAGGAAUCAACAGGACUGAGUUUCCGCAGCAGGAGGUCACGAAGACUGCUGUUACCAGAAAACCAACCGUCAGCACCCUCUAUCGUUGCCUUCUUCGCAUACAUGUCGAAAGUGGAGGAUCACCCGGGCCGGCAUCACACGCUGAUAUACGAUGUAGCUCACACAAAUAUCGGUGGACAUUACAGUCCACACACAGGUAGCUUUACCGUUCCUACUCAUGGGGUAUAUGUCUUCACCUGGAAUAUAUAUAGUAGAGGCGGUAGCAGUGCGUACGCAUACACUGACAUAGUGGUCAAUUCCAAUGCUGUUUCUGGAUCCUUCGCAGGCUCCAAUACUAACAGUAAUGCUAUAACAUCGCCCGCCACAGUCGUGCUGGAACUGAACCAAGGUGACGAUGUUCACAUUCGCACGGCCGCAGAUCAGCCUAUUUCUGGCAGUAUAUACAGUUACCCUUCGUUUCAAUCAACAUUUUCUGGAUGGAAAUUAUUUUAAUUUGUAUCAAGCAGAAGAAAAUAAACUAGCGUGAUUUCUUUGUA